CUCGCCCUCUCUCCGUCUGGAUCGCCCCAAAUCAUAACCAUUCUUCUCUCCAUUCCCAACUCCUCCACCCUCAGAGCUCGCAAAGAUGGUUUCCGCCGACGCCGCCCGCAACAUCGUUGGCAUCAUCGGCAACGUCAUCUCCUUCGGCCUCUUCCUCUCCCCUGUGCCGACGUUCUGGAAGAUCUACAAGAAGAAGGAUGUGGAGGAGUUCAAGGCGGACCCCUACCUGGCGACGCUGCUCAACUGCAUGCUCUGGGUCUUCUACGGGCUCCCCAUCGUCCACCCCAACAGCAUCCUCGUCGUCACCAUCAACGGCGUCGGCCUCGUCGUCGAGGCCAUCUACCUCAUGAUCUUCUUCAUCUACGCGCCCACCAAGAAGCGCCUGAGGGUGCUCUACGUCCUCGCCGGUGAGGCGGUGUUCAUGGUGAUCGUGGUGCUCUCCGUGCUCCUCGCCGCCCACACCCACGAGAGGCGCUCCAUGAUCGUCGGCAUCCUCUGCAUCAUCUUCGGCACCAUGAUGUACGCCUCCCCCCUCACCGUCAUGGGUAAGGUGAUCAAGACCAAGAGUACCGAGUACAUGCCCUUCUUACUGUCGCUGGUCAACUUCUGCAACGGCUGCUGCUGGACGGCCUAUGCGCUCAUCAAGUUCGACCUCUACAUUACGAUCCCCAAUGGCCUCGGUGCCCUCUUCGGCCUCGCCCAGCUCGUCCUCUAUGCCUGCUACUGCGGGUCGACCCCCAAGAAGAACAAUGGGAAGAACGUCGAGAUGCCCACCGUCGGCAACACCAACACCGUCGGCGGCGGCAACGUCACCGUCUCCGUCGAGAGAUAAGAAGCUUGGCUUGCAGCAGCUGCGGCAAGCCCGCCGCCGCCAAGUGGUCUAAUGUAUCCGGCCGGCGGCGGCGAUCGAGAUUUUAGCCUUAGAUUUUGAGCAGUUGAUUCCGGAUUGUUUGAUAUAUAAAGCGUCUUUUGUGCUAGCUAGGGUCCCGAGUGUGUGCCUUUCGUUUCGUGAACCACAUUGUCGUCGAUCGUAAUGCAAAUUCUGAACCAAUUAUAAGCUGAGUUAUCCCAGAUAAUGACACCACUCGGUUGCUACUUCUCUGAA